AUGCCCUCGCAAGUCCACAGUCCGGACGUUCGAAAUUCGAAAGUGUCACUCGACGCGUUCGGUGCUCGCGACGUGGUCCCGAUAGAACUUGCGGCGUGGCAGGCGACCGGUCCCGUUAGCCGCGGUCGCCCACGAGGUUCGGAGCGCACUGGCGCUCGCUCUGGGCGGGCGGCCGCGCCCCCUCCCCCGCCGCCCGCGCCCCUCGCCCGCCACUGCCUCCCGGAUUCCACGCAUUCCAUCGCGCGCCCUAAGCGCCGUUUAAGUGUUUACCAAAGCUCGUGCGAUAGGACGCGCCAGGGUCCCCUCGUGUGUCUUCGACAA